CUGGACUUCACAGUGGAUCAGAUUCUCCUUUUAUGAAAUUCCUUCCACUGCGUUUAUUGGGUGAUUUGAUGACCGUGUAGUGCUGUGUGUCUGAUGGCGAGUACAUGAGGCCGUGGGCCUUCUCCAUCACUAGCGCCCCUUGCACCACUGGAGCUCAGUGUUUCUCGGAUGAAUACUUGAAAUUCUGCUCGAUUGUCUGCUCCUGCACAGCAGUGAUCUGCAUGACCUUUGAUUGGGCAGUGGUUUCUUCAGAUACGACACCAAAAGCAUAAGCAACCAAAGGAAAAAAUAAAUUGAACUCAAAAUUAGAAACUUUAUCAAAAAUGUAAAAGACAACCGUAAACUAGGAAAAAAUAUUUGCAAAUAAAAUAUGUGAUCAGGACCUAAUAUCCAGAAUAUAUAAAGAACUAUUACAACUCAACAGUAAAAAGACAAAUAAUCCAAUUUUAAAAUGGUUAAAGAAUUUGAAAAACCUUCCAAACAAAAUACACAGGUGGCCAGUAAGUGCACGAAAAGAUGCUCAACAUCACUAGUCACCAAUGACUAAUGCAUCAGUCAUUUGCAAUGCAAAUCAGAACGAGCAAGAGCUGCCACUGCACACCCUGUGGGAUGACUAAUCAGAAGACUGGCAGCGCCAGCAAGAGUGUGGAGAGGCUGGCGUCUCGUACACAUUGCCGGGGAACAAACACGGCACAGCUGCUGUGCAGAAACGGGACGGCAGUUCCCCAGAGUUAAACGCACGGUUACUGUGUGACCCCACAGUUCCACUCUGAGGGGGACACUCAGAAGAUAGAGGCAAGUCCCCAGUGACAUCUCUUUCCCCUUGGGGUUUGUCCCUGGUGUCAGCCCAGCUAGGAUGUUAGCAUACAUGCAGCAUUUUACAUGAGUUGGAGUACUUGCGUGGCGUGUUUUUUUGGCUUUUCCAUAACGCUUUGAAGUCACAGAACAGUAUUAUUGUUUGUUUUCCUCUUCAGAUGAGGAAAAUGAAACUUUGAGAGAAUCUUGCUUGCAGUCCUACACCUAGGUAGUGAUAAAAGCCAUACGAAAGAGCUGGUUAGAGUAGCUCAUGGGCAGUUAUAAAACAGGCUUUGAUAUUUUAAAACUGUAUUUUUCUAUUAUUUUAAGUGUUUCUGUAUAGACACGCUUUGGUCUUUGAAGAGUAAUUUUAUUUUCUCUGGCUUGUGAACCACCUGCUUGUUUUUUAUACUGGGCACUUUUAUAUUUUUGUGCCUUGACUUUAGGUGUGAACAGCAGAGUGUACUUGCCUGCUACACACCCCACUGUGUGGCGUAGCCUACGGCUCCCAGGCCAUGGGAGCAAGAGCAGCGCGUGCCGCGCUGAGUGCUAUAGGCAGCUGCAGCACGUGGGACAUCUGUGUGUCCAGAUGUAUCUAAACACAGGAAAGGUGCAGUGAAAGUACAGCAUAAGGAUCUGUAGGACCCCAUCCCACACGUGUCCUGUAGUUGACUGAAAUGUUGUGUAACCUGUGACUGUUUCCAAGUUAAUGGCAGACAGUGGUAUAUUCUCCCCUAGGUGCUUCCGUUUCUGUUUUUUCAGUCUUUCAAGGUAAAAUUUGCGUCCAGUGAACAACGUACAAUAUUAUCUGUAUGUUUGCUGUUGAGGUAUAGGACAUUAUUGUCACGCCAGAAGCUUCCCUCAUCCCUCAUUUUGGGCAGGCUCUUUCUGCUGUCUGGAUUUGUUCCACCGUGAGUCACUUCUGCCUCUUUGGUGACUUCAGCCGCGCUGGUAUAGAGGACUCAAAGAAGUGGGGCAUGCUGUUUCUGGUGAAUCAGCUGUUUAAAAUCUACUUCAAGAUCAACAAACUCCAUUUAUGUAAACCCUUAAUUAGAGCAAUUGACAGCUCAAACCUGAAAGACGAUUACAGCACUGCACAGAGAGUCACAUACAAAUACUACGUUGGACGCAAGGCCAUGUUUGACAGUGACUUUAAGCAAGCCGAGGAGUACCUGUCGUUUGCCUUUGAGCAUUGCCACCGUUCCAGUCAGAAGAACAAAAGGAUGAUUCUGAUCUAUCUGCUUCCAGUAAAAAUGCUUUUGGGUCACAUGCCCACUGUUGAGCUCCUGAAAAAGUAUCACCUGAUGCAGUUUGCAGAAGUAACCAGAGCCGUGAGCGAGGGCAACCUGCUGCUGCUGCAUGAGGCGCUGGCGAAGCACGAGGCCUUCUUCAUUCGCUGUGGGAUCUUCCUCAUCCUUGAGAAGCUGAAGAUCAUCACCUACAGGAACCUCUUUAAGAAAGUCUAUUUGUUGCUGAAAACACACCAGCUGUCUCUGGAUGCUUUUCUGGUUGCCUUGAAAUUCAUGCAGGUGGAGGACGUGGACAUUGACGAAGUCCAGUGCAUUCUGGCUAACUUGAUAUACAUGGGUCACAUCAAAGGCUACAUAUCGCAUCAGCAUCAGAAGCUAGUGGUCAGCAAGCAAAACCCAUUUCCUCCGCUGUCCACGGUGUGUUGACCGUAUACGUAGCCCUGAGGAUGGGGGGCGGUUGUUUCCGUGUUGGUUGUGCUGAUGAGACCCCUCCGUACUGCGGCAGGGCUCUCUGAAGCUGGAACUCUUGGAGGCGCUUUCCCCAGGGAUGCUGAGGCGGAGGUUUUCAGCACACCUGAGUCAGUCUCCUUCUUCAUUUGUAACUAAUUUCAGCGUCAUGAAAACCUGGAAUUUCCUUUUUUACAAAAACUCAGCUGGUUCUGGAGUCUUUGAAGGAGGCUUUGUGUGAGGGCAGCUCCAACUCACUUCUCCUAACUGUGGUUCCUGAAGACUGUCUUUGUAACUUUUUUGUAGUUCUUUGUAUAAGAAGGGUAUUCUGAAUUUAUACACAUGGCAUGUUCUUCGUUGUAUCUGCCAGGAUACAUCUAUUUUUGUAUAUUAAAUUUGAAUAUUUUAUGCCAUCAGAAUGCUUGGUUAACUUAAGGCAUCUUUUUAAAAGGAGAAUUUAAUUUGAUUUAAAUUUUCCAGAUUUUAUAGCUUGCCUGGAUGGAUGCUCCUCAGUUUAUGAUGGAGUUACAUCCCAAUAAACUUAUUUUAUUAUUUCUUUUAAAAAACCA